AUGAAUUUUUGCUCUUUUAAAGGGAAAGAUUGGAUUUUUAAUGGGUUUAUUGUUUCUCUGAGAUCGAAGGUGUCUCUGUUUUCUAAGAUGAUCAAUCAUAAACAAUGGCAGACAAUUGGGUACCUAACUCGCCCUCUAUGGGACAAGCCCCCUUCCCCAUUCACCCGCCUCCCCCAUUACUAUGCCGAGAAUAUCUCAUUGCACCAACUCUGCAACCUCCAUGGCUGGUCUCUCCGCUCCCAACCUCGCCGCAUCUUUGAUGCUGUCAUCUUUAGUAAUGAGCUCGACUUCCUUGAGAUCCGGUGGCAAGAAUUAAUGCCUUACGUAUCUCGAUUCAUCAUUCUUGAAUCAAAAACCACCUUCACAGGCAUCCCUAAACCUCUGUUCUUCGAAGAGAAUCGAUCCCGUUUUGGAUUUGCAGAGGGGAAGAUUGUUCAUGGUGUAUUCCCAGGCCAGAUCUUAAAACCAGGCUCCCAUGAAAACCCAUUUAAUCUUGAGUCACAGCAACGUGGAUCCAUAAAUGGGUUGAUACAUAAAUCAGGGAUCUCCAAUGGAGAUCUCCUUAUAAUGUCAGACACUGAUGAGAUCCCAAGUGCAAACACUAUGAAGCUUCUGCAAUGGUGUGAAGAAAUCCCUCCAGUAAUGCAUCUUGAGCUCAGGCAUUACUUGUAUUCCUUUGAAUUCCUUGUGGAUUUCAGUAGUUGGAGAGCUACAGCUCAUAUAUAUAGUCCCUGGACCUACUAUGGCCAUUACCGAAGAACUGAUCUUAUGUUAUCUGAUGCUGGAUGGCAUUGUAGCUUUUGUUUCAGAUAUAUUCAAGAAUUUGUGUUUAAAAUGACUGCAUAUAGUCAUGCAGAUCGAGUUCGGCAGCGAGAAUUUCUUAAUCCAAAGAGAAUCCAGAGGAUUAUAUGUAGAGGAGAUGAUCUGUUUGAUAUGUUACCAGAAGAAUACAGCUUCCAAGAGUUGAUUAGGAAGUUGGGUCCAAUCCAAAGAUCAACUUCAGCUGUUCAACUUCCUGCUUACCUUAUAGAAAAUGCAGAUAGAUUCAGAUUUCUCCUCCCUGGUGGCUGUUUGCGGCCAUCAAAUACAGCGAGGAGGAAAUUUUAAGCUUAAUGCUCGUGAUUUAUAUAGGUCAUAAGGCCUCAAAAUGUGAGGUAUUUGACAGUUAAGUUAGUUAUUUACUGUUCCAUUGCUC